ACUUCAGGGGAUUUCCCAAAAAUAUAAUCGUAUUCAGUGUGUUCUGUUCAAACUUUUUCAAGUGGAACUACGGGUUAUUGGUUCUACGACAGUAUAAACGUUUGACAAUGCAGUAAUGACUGGACAAGCUGAGAAGUAUGCAUUCCAAACUAGAGUUUAUGUGAUUUAGCUGCUCAGGUUGAAUCGGCUAGAGAUUUGCAAAUCAUGAUAAGGGAACUUGCAAUCACUGAGCAUCCAGCAUCUGCGUGUGUGCCUCUGAAUUAUCGAGUUACUCUGCGUUGUCGUGCAAAGGGGUCUGGCCUCCUACAGUACCAGUGGUUCCAAUCAGAAGAUGAAGAGGUUCCUGGUGCCACGCAGCCAGACCUGGUCAUCACGGCCAAGAAAACCCAGGUUUACGUCUGUAGAGUGAACGACAACCACAGUAACUGUGUGUUUAGCGAAUGGGUGAAGGUGAAAGUUUGGCAAAUUCUGAAAACAGACCUACCCGUAACCUGGCAAGGACAGCCACAGAUAGUUGUGCAUCCCAGGUCAGUCACUAUAAAGCACAAUGAGGAGCUUAAGUUGCUGAGCAUUGCUUUUGGAAUCCCUCCUCCACGCUACCAGUGGUACUGGAACGGGAACCUGUUGCAAGACCAGACGAAAGAAACACUGCUAAUAAAGAAAGCAGAUAAAGAACAUCAAGGGACCUAUCUGUGUUCAGUUUCUAACGUGUUUGAGGAGAUCUGGACUGAACCAGCUGAAGUUAAUAUAGAUCUACAUCGCCACGUAAACUCUCUUUUAGAACCUCCUAAUAAAACCACAGCUGGGAGAUUUUAUGCAACAGACAAAGUGGCUCUGCUUGUUGGCAAUCUGAAUUACUCCAAUCACCCGAACUUGAUUGCGCCCAUGAUGGAUGUGCAAGAGCUGGCGAAUCUGCUGCACGCUCUGAACUUCCGUGUUGUAUCGCUGCUCAACGUCACCAAAGAGGAGAUGGCUGCGGCAAUCCAGGAGUUUGUGAAACUGCUUGACAAAGGGGUUUAUGCUUUGUUCUACUAUGCUGGGCAUGGGUAUGAAAAUUCAGGUAGAAACUACCUGGUUCCUAUUGAUGCUCCCCAGCCAUACAGACGAGAGAACUGCAUCAGUGUGCAGCGAACCAUGCAGCAAAUGCAAGAGAAGCACACAGCACUGAACGUUGUCUUGCUGGACACAUGUAGGAAAUGGUACAACAAGGAUUGUGUGCCUUCUGAAGUAAAGCCACUUGCACCUUUGGGCAACACAGUAUAUGGAUAUGCAACGAGUGAAGAUGCUGAAGCCUAUGAGGUCCAGGAUGGCAGUCGGAGUUCAGGAAUCUUCACAAAGUACCUCAACAAACACAUUUUGCUAAAGGAGAAAGUUACUCAUGUUCUUGAACAAGUAUCAGAGGAUCUAGGAAGAGAUCCACUGAUUAUUGGAAAGCAGGUGAUGGAGAUUAAACACACACUAAAUGAGCCCCGUGCACUAACUGACCAAAUCUGCACUACAGGACACACUGUCGAGCUCCGGGAAAGGAUCCUCAACUGGAGUCGGGCCAACGAGUUGCCUGAGAGAAGGGUGCUGAAGUUCCCCUGUGGUACUGAAGUGGAACUCAGUUUCUCUGCGUUAUUUUCUAACAUGAUUGCAGUGUUUGCUACAGUGAAGAAGACAGGGUGGAAAACAGUGGACUGCAGUGUUAGUCUACAAAGUACACCAGUAAUGGAGGAUGUGUUCUCAAGCAGUGAUGACAGUACCGGUGGAAUGGGCUCUUUGCUGCUAAGCGGUCCUGACAACACUGACUGCAGCCUGAGGCUGAGCGGCCUACAGAAACUCAAGAGGAAUUUGAUAUUAAAGGUGGAUUUGCAUUAUACAAGCACGGACAGCAGGCAGCGAAUGGUGGAGAGCAAGCAGGAAGACAUUGGAAAACCUUUAGUUGCCAAAUGUGAACUUCACAAGUACGCAAAGCCUUUAGAAAGACAUGAGGGUAAAGCAACGGCCGCCACAUUCCAAGCACCGCCACAGCGGGCAACAGCAUACACGCAAUUGGGUCAGCCUUGUAGGCCAUCGACACGCAAGGCAGAAAAUGGUAGGGAACACAAUGAGCCAGAGGAAAAUGAUGAGAGCGAGUUACUGAACCUCGCUUUCGUGUCCCUGGGACAGAAAAGCACUUGCACUUGACGAACGGACAACAUCUCUAGGACAUGAUGACGUCAUUUAUUUGCUGAACAUUUUUUUUUUAUUAUUUUGCCUAAACCUUUAUUUAACGUGUAUGUUGUACUAAAGUAUUUUGGAGCUGUAUGAAGUGUCAAACUUAUUUUAUAUGGGAGAUUAAUUGGGGACAUAAUGUAAAACAUCAGAUGGGAGAUUCUUCUUUUUUUUUUUUUUUUGGUAUAUUAUAAUAAAUACUGCUUUAGAAUAGACAUUAAUGAAAUGGCAAUUAAUGAAUUGCUACAAGUAAUAUCCUUUUCUUUCCAUUAGUUGUAGCGCCUCCUCAGUAAAUAAGUAGCACAGUGAUUGCUACUGACUUAACUAUACCAUUCUAUGUCUGGCAUUUAACUGUACAA